GAAAUUGGAAAAACGUUUUUUCGUCGUAUGCAGUGUACAAUUAUACUCAUCGAAAGGACAUAAACAAUUAUAUACAUUUGAUUGUUUCACUCUAUGGAGUAAAGCACAACUUGACAAAAUGUUGAACAUUUAAGGCAACUAUUCAUUUUCAUUUUUACAUGAGGGACUUCAUGCCAUUUCAGCAAAAGAUGUAUCUGAAGAGCCAUUAGGAGAAGCCUAAUUGAGCGUUAAGUCUGUAAAUACAAAGCAAAGACCUGGCUUGCAAUUUAUUUCGACAGGCGAAAUUCAAGAUAUAGCAAAACUACUUCAAAUAACUGUAAAGGGAAAAUGAAUAUCCGUACAAUUACUGUUCAAUUCCGAUAAACACGCAGACGUUUGUAAUGCCAUGUUUUGAAUCAGGCAAUGCGGCGGUCAGCUUAGUGCGUGGACCCUUCCGGCUGGCGGUCUCUCGUAAAGAAAAAGCUCCACUCGACAGAUCGACGGCGGUGCUUGUGUUGCAUUUAUAGUUGAAACAAUGGCUGAGAAUGAUGUGGACAAUGAGCUCCUGGAUUAUGAAGAUGAUGAAGUAGAGAAUGCAGCCACUGGUGAUGUCACUGACCUACCAGCUAAAAAGGAUGUAAAGGGUUCAUAUGUGUCCAUUCACAGUUCAGGUUUCAGGGAUUUCCUUCUCAAACCUGAACUGCUUCGAGCUAUUGUAGACUGUGGUUUUGAGCAUCCAUCAGAAGUACAGCAUGAAUGCAUUCCUCAGGCCAUUCUAGGCAUGGAUGUUUUAUGCCAAGCAAAGUCAGGAAUGGGCAAAACUGCUGUAUUUGUCCUAGCCACUUUGCAGCAACUUGAACCAGUGACUGGGCAGGUUUCUGUGCUGGUAAUGUGUCACACCAGGGAACUUGCCUUCCAGAUUAGCAAAGAAUACGAGCGAUUUUCAAAGUACAUGCCAACUGUCAAGGUGGCAGUGUUCUUUGGAGGCAUGUCCAUAAAGAAGGAUGAGGAGGUUUUGAAAAAGAACUGCCCACAUAUUGUUGUUGGCACCCCUGGACGAAUUCUAGCACUUGCAAGAAACAAGAGCCUUAACUUAAAACAUAUCAAACAUUUUAUCUUGGAUGAGUGUGACAAGAUGCUAGAACAGCUGGACAUGCGUCGAGAUGUCCAGGAGAUCUUUCGCAUGACCCCCCAUGAGAAACAAGUCAUGAUGUUCAGUGCUACCUUGAGCAAGGAGAUACGACCUGUGUGCCGCAAGUUUAUGCAAGACCCUAUGGAGAUUUUUGUGGAUGAUGAGACUAAACUGACUCUACAUGGACUUCAGCAGUACUAUGUGAAAUUGAAGGACAACGAAAAGAACCGCAAACUGUUUGACCUUCUUGAUGUAUUAGAGUUCAAUCAAGUUGUCAUCUUUGUGAAGUCUGUCCAGAGAUGUGUGGCUCUAGCACAGCUGCUGGUGGAACAAAAUUUCCCUGCAAUAGCUAUCCACAGAGGAAUGCCCCAGGAGGAGAGGCUGGCUCGCUACCAGCAGUUCAAGGAUUUUCAGCGUCGUAUCUUGGUGGCCACUAACCUUUUUGGUAGAGGGAUGGAUAUCGAGAGAGUUAAUAUUGCCUUUAAUUAUGACAUGCCUGAAGACUCUGAUACUUAUCUUCAUAGGGUCGCACGCGCUGGUCGAUUUGGCACUAAGGGCCUAGCUAUCACGUUUGUGUCAGAUGAAAAUGAUGCAAAGAUCCUCAAUGAUGUUCAGGACCGGUUUGAAGUUAACAUAAGUGAACUUCCUGAUGAGAUUGAUAUUGCAUCUUACAUUGAACCAACAAGAUAAAUGACUGACACACUUUGGAGAAAAGAAGACUGAUGUUCUCAGUCAUCCCAGGGCUAGUCUCUCCAGAAGGAGCAAGACUGUGUACAUAAUCCAUUUAUUUUAUGUGGAAAGCUGUUAAAAUAUUCCAAACCUUUUUACAUUAGUACAUUUUUUUUAUGUCUGUUUUGUUUUCUUUCUUUUUUUUUUAAACCCUUUUGAAGUUGUCUAUGUAUGUUUGUGCAUGACAGGCUGCAGAAAGCCUCUUUUACAGUAAUCAAGAAUAUACCAGUGUUUACUAAUUUGUUCUGUGGUUGUUUGAAUAAACCCAGUUAGACUUGAAAAUGAAACUUGUCUUUCUUUUUGUUUAAAGUUUUUUUUUUGUUUGUUUUUAUAUAUCAGUAGGUAGUAUUAUAGUUGAAACAUUUAAAUAUAAAUUGAUAUUUUUUUCACCUACAAUAAAGCAACUUUCCCAUCUAUGUAAGUUUGUCAUUGUAAAGUACAUUUCUCCACCUUGUUUAAAUGUACAGUUAAUAAUUUUUUGCACCAAUGAUAAUUGACCAAUAGAAACACAAUGAUAGACAUGUUUGUAAAUAGUUUCUUUAUAUAAAAAAAGAUGAUGUCCCAGUCCCUUGUUUUUCCCAUAAGAAAGUAAGUGAGUGAUCUUUGCACAUUAUGGGUGUGAUUAAACAUAAUAUAUAUCAACA